AUGGUCACCCACACUCACCAGUCGAAGAAAAAGCGCAUCGACGACCAGCAGCCCCCCGCUGAUAUCGGCCUCAAACCCGUUCAAUUGCAGAGAAGACGGGUAUGGCGAGCAUGUGAAUCUUGCAGGCGCAAGAAGAUCAAGUGCGACGGCAACGAGCCCACUUGCUCGCAGUGUUCAGCGUCCAAGUCGCAAUGUACAUGGCUGCAGACCAAGGACAGAGCUGCGCUCAGCAGACACUAUGUCCAAGAGCUUGAGGCACGCCUCCUUCACAUGGAGUCGCUUUUCCAGCAAGUCACCCCCAUCCUCGAGCAGGUCGGUGCGAAUGGCCUCGACCCCAACGGCACAGCCCUUGCGGGCGUACCGCAAACCCAGACCGUCCAGAACCCCAACCUUCUUCAGUCUGUCCUACCCCAGAUGCAACAAUACUCCAGGUCUAGCAGUAGCGAUGGAGCUUCCAGCGGGGGCGACCCCAACACGCCGAUCAAGCUCGAAGACGAUGUUUCUGAGACCUUCGGCCAACUGGCUCUCGAUGAGCAUGGCCACAUGCGAUGGAUAGGUGGCUCAUCCACCAUGUCACUCAUCCAGUCGUUCCGUGCCAUGACCACAUCGCCCCUCCAUCGUGUGUCUCCUAUGGAGGAGGAUCCAUCCGCACCCGGACCCAGUGUUAACAAGCUUUAUUUCCCGGCUACUGUCUUCUUCGGUAAAGUACGUGCCUUGCCAAUGCCGGAAGAAGUGGAGUAUCCAGAUCGUGAUCUCGCGGACAAGCUCGUUGAAGCGUACUUCGCAAAGUUCCACUUCUUGAUGCCCGUAAUCGACAAGCCCAACUUCAUGCGACGAUACGCAUACCUCAUGGACCAUACCCAUGACGCUGAACUGGCCCGUAGACAGACGGCGUUCAUUGCGCUUGUCUGUGCCGUUUUCGCCGUCGCCUCGAGGUUUGUCAACGACCCACGGCUGUCAAACAGAGAUAACCUGGACGACGCUGGCAUGGGCAUGAUAUAUUAUGAACGAGCGUUGAUUCUUCACUACAUCAGCCAUGCAUCCACCCAAAUCGAGCAUGUUCAAUGCUUACUCCUUAUGUCUUCCUUCCUAUGCUCUGUCAACUGCCUACCACAAGCCUGGCUUCUCGCGGGACAGGCCGUCAGGACAGCCCAGGACAUCGGUCUACACCGAUCUCCCCGUCGACUGUUGAUUACACCCGCCGAGAAAGAGACACGACGCAAGGUAUGGUGGGGUGUAUACACCCUAGACCGCAUGUUAGCCCUUGCGCUAGGUCGACCACUUGCUACCGAGGAUGCAGACUGCGACGUCGAGCUCCCGGUUGAGGUCGACGAUGAAUCCCUUGCCGAAUACUUCUCGGGUGCACAUCUCUCCCAGCACACACCCAUGUUGAUGAAGGGUUUCAUCGAGCUCAUCCUGCUCUACAAGAUCGCUGGACAGGUACUACGACAGGUGUAUGCGCUCGACAAGUGUCGGGACAACCUGGAGCCCGAGAAGCGCGCCGAGCUGCAGCGCUCGGUCGACACGCUCGACAAGGCGCUCACGAAGUGGUGCGAUGACCUACCUGCCGUCUUCAAAUCGCGUCCGUCGACCGACAAGCAGGUGUCCAUGGCCGCAGUGCUGUGCAGCCACUACUACUUCGUGCUGACUACGCUGCACCGCAACUUCCUGCCGGUCAAAUUCGACCAGCCUGUCACUCCGCGCUCGACCGCGAAGGCGGUGCACACGGCACGCGCAUGCAUCCGGCUCGCGCCGUCGAUCAAGGACGUUGUGCCGCCGAGCCACCACCUCGCGUUCUUCAUCCAGAACCUGUUCAGCUCUGCCGUCAUCAUCCUGCUGUACGCGAUGCACGCCCCAGACCCGGCCAUCUCCGCCACCGCAAUGGAGGAGGCGACGAGCUGUCUCGGCGUGCUCCAGUCGUGGGAGGGUCACUGGCCCGGCGCACGCAAGUGCAAGGAGCUGUUGGAGGACCUGACCGCGACUGCGCGCGAGGCGAUCCGGAGCGCGGCGGGCGGCCUGGCAAACAGCGGGAGGGCGCAAGCGAUGGCGUCGCCGUCGCUGCCCGAGGGGCGCAUGUCUGCCGCGGUUCCCAUGCCUAUCUCCGAAAGGCUGAUUCGGGGGAAGAUGCGCAGGAACAGGUCGCGCGACCCCCGCCUGGCGUCGAUAUCGGGCCUACAGGGAAUUGCAGCGCAACGUGCACGUUCGACGUCGCGGAAACGGCCGCACGACGAUGAUCUCGUGCCGGACAGCCAGAGCUUCAGCGUUCUUUCGAGCUCAUACCCGGGGCGGUCGAGCCUGAGCAAUCACAGCUCCCCUGCUUCUCAGAACAGCCAACCUUCGCCCCCAGGCCCCGUUCUUGACUUCCCUAACGAAUCCAGCCCACGCAUUAUGCCCACAUCCUCGUUCGGACCGCUCAAUAUUCCCCAGUCCCCCGCUUCCACAGUAUCUACUUCGCAUUUUGAUUACGACUUUGGUUUGUCGCAAAGCCCAUCGGAACGGUGGGCUACGCCCGACGGAAACACGAACGGGCUCAAGUUCUUCCCUUCUGGGUCACAGUCACAACCUCCGUACUCGCCCACUUCCUUCGCUCCACCAUCGUCCGCAGGCCCCGUCGAGCAGGCCUAUCUUGGAUAUGACGGCGUGGGACUAGACCCAACGCUGUUCAUGCCGGGGUCGUCUCCACCGUCAUCUAGUGCCUUCGCGGCGACCGGACUGCCGUUCCGCGGCCUUGACUUCAUCCGCAACUAUAACCCCGCGGGGUACGGGGCAGGAUCGGACCAGGAGUGGCAGGCGUUCGAUCCGGGCGCGUUCGUGUACGACCCGGAGAUUCCAUUCACGUUGGGGGAUGCGUCUUCCUUAGACGGACAGCAGCGCUGGAACGGACAGUAG